AACGCGUCCACGUACGAUAACGUUCGAUACGGACGAACUGUCACGUUACCGGGAUCCCUUUUUGCAAAACGAGGAAAGGAGACAACAUGGAAAAAUCUAAAAGCAUGCAACCGAGAAGACUGAUCAGCAGACCACUCGAAAUUCUGCUUCGCGUAUUCGGUAUCUGGCCAGGAAUAUUGUACGGUGUGGUCUGCAAAGGAUUUUGGUUGAUUGUGAUGAUAACCAACACGACCCUUCAAUACCUAUUUCUCAUUCUUCACGCGCGCUCCAUCAACUUUACUAUUUUUUUGUACUCGUUGGCUGCGACACUGGCGUUGAGCAUGAAGUUCAUUAAACUAGUCAUUUUCUGGUCCCAUCAACGAAGAUUCGAUGAGAUGUGGGGAGCGAUGUCGAAUUGGGAGCGCGGCGGUGCCUAUAUGAACACAUUUGACACGACCAGCAAGACGCACGUGUCGCAUUAUUUGGCCAACUUCAUCGUGGCAUUCAGUUCCGUAUCGGUAGUAUUGAACUCUUACAGCAUUCUUCUGAGCGGAAUUCAUUACGACGAAGCUUCCAACGGUACGCGACCGUAUAUUCUGAUGAUGCAUCUUCCAUUCGACGUUAAUAGACAAUCAGUGUAUCUACUCGUGAUGUUUCUGCAAUUUUUCUACCUGUUACUCCUCUCCGCCGGUGCCGCCACCCUUAAUUCGGUUCUUAUUAUUUUGAUGCUCUACUUGGGCGAUCAGAUCGAUGUCAUUUGUAGAUGCCUGAUGACUAUGGAAGAGGACGAGCUCAAAACGAACGCGAAUAUGGUCAAAGAAAUAAUUCGGAAGCAUCAGAGCGUUAUUACGUUUUCGGAAAACAUCGAAUCCCUCUACACGUACAUCGCGUUGAUGUUAAUCGUGCUCAAUACUUUAAUCACCUGUGGCUUGGGAUUUAUACUCGUCACGGCAAUUGGAUCGCCUAAUUUCUCCAUGAUACUAAUGAAGAACCUCAUGUUCUACUGCGCGAUUAACAUUGAAACAUUCGUAUUUUGCUUCGCCGGAGAAUACAUUAGUGCCAAGAGCAAAGAAAUCGGCGAGGCCGCGUACAAUUCACCCUGGUAUCAAUCCAAGUUUCACAGUAGCGCCGUUUUGUUCCUGAUAAUGAGAUCGCAGCAUCAGUUGACGAUCACAAUGGGAAAAUUCAUGGAUCUCUCGUUGGAACGUUUCUCUACUAUUAUGAAAACUUCAGCGUCCUAUGUGUCGGUUCUGCUGGCGAUGUAUUAAAGAGAAAACACAUUUCAUAAUAAUUUUAACUAAAUGU